AUGUCAUCCAUCCGCUCCAACCCAUCGGACCGUUUCCCCCCUUACAACGGCAGCCCCCUCACGUUCAGUGGAUUCUCCACCUUACGCAAAAGCGACAUGCGUCCUUCCCAUCAAGCUGAACUGACUGGGGCGACCGUGGGAUCAACUAUCCGCAAUGGCGGAGGCGGUGGGAGCGGCAAGCAAAGUGCAUCUCGGGUCAUGUCCCAUGCUACCCAACCCAGUAGCCCUCAUGAGACGGAAGCCAUGCGCCAGGCGAUUCUAUCCCUUGUCAAUAUUUGGCUGAGCCGGAUGAGCUUGAUGAGCGGAAUUACCACAUUCUUUGCCGGCAUCGACAGCCAAUUGCUCUCUUAUGCUGCUGCUUCUGUUGUCACCAAUUCCAGUGCUGAGGUUUGGCAUCGGAUUGCGGUAACCAGCAUGGCGGGUGCGAUGAUUCUUCACUGGAUGGCAGCUAUCAUCUCCUACCUCGCAUGUUUCGCGCUCUAUCGAUUCGAACUGAGCGACGCAAGUACCGAAGAGAAAAUAAGCGGUUUUCCUGGCUACCAAGCCAACUUCAAUAGGCACACCAAUCCGACUCUCGCCUCUCCGCAUGUCGAUGCGAACUACAUCAGCGUGACACGACUUCAUCCCUUCUCUUUCAGUGCACGGAGGACAGGGAUGCAAAGCGCAAACAUCGAGUCUCAAGGCACGCACGGGAUUCCCAAGUUGCCAAUGGAUCUGACAGCAGUGAAUUCUGCAUGUGUUGGGAUCACCCUGGUCGGGUUCGUCCUUGCCAUCCUGGGAAUACUGGCCUACAUGUGGGUGUUCUUGCCAGGCUACGUGAGUAUUUUCAGUACGGUUUGUCUUUCUGCGUCGGCUCUUGUUGGAUUGUGGGUUUUAGGCUGA